GUUUCUUCCUCUUCCUCCUUUUGUUCUUCUUUGAUGCACACAAGAAGUGUCUUGGGUUUUGUGUGGUGCUUAUUUAUAUGCACCACUCAAGCAUUCUGGUCUCCUUCACAAAGACUUCACAGACGUAUUCAGAGUUUGACUGUCAAGAGUGAACCUAUCGAAGAACGCUGGGGUCCAUUUUACUUUGACCAACCUAUUGAUCAUUUUGAUUUUGAAUCCAAAACAUUCAAGCAUCGAUAUUGGACAAAUACCGAUUGGUAUGAGCCAGGAGGACCAGUAAUUUUAUAUAAUGCUGGUGAGGCCCCUGCCGAUGAGCGUGCAAUUUAUGUUAGCAAUUCUUCGAUGGCUACUCUUGCCCGUCGAUUACACGGAAUUGUCGUUGUAAUGGAACACCGAAGCUACGGAGAAUCCCAACCAGGACUUGAUUACUCAGUCAAAAACCUCCGAACCCUGACAACAGCUCAGGCUCUUGAAGAUAUGGCUUCUAUGAUCAAGCAUCUUAAAUUCUCCUCGAUCGACCUUGAUCCUAAUACAAAAUGGAUUGUCUACGGGGGUAGCUACAGUGGAAACUUGGCAGCCUGGAUGCGUCUCAAGUAUCCAGAGCUUGUAUUUGCAGCUGUGCCAUCAUCAGCACCUGUCCAGAUGAGCUACAACUUUUAUGAAUAUUUUAAUGCAGUUCAACGCUAUGCUCCUCCCAACUGCACGCAUGCCAUUCGUUCUGUUGUGCGUCAUGUUGACUUGGCUUUGUUGAGCCCUUUCCCUGGACCUAGGCGCAGAAUCAAAGCCUUGUUUGGUCUGGAGGACCUCGAACAUGACGAUGACUUUGCUGAAGUUCUCACUUUCCCUCUUGGCUUGUGGCAGGCAAUGCAACCUGAUAUUAAUCCUUUUGGCGAAUUCUGCGAAUUAUUUGAAUUGACUGAGCCAAAGGACCAUCUUGCAGUGUAUGGUGCCUACAUUAAGGCUAUCAUUGACCUAGCUUGCGAUGGACUUUCUGUAAAUGAAUGCCUUGACACCCAUGACCCUCGAUCCAUAAUGUACACUGAUCUCAAAUCAGAGGCACGUCCUUGGAUGUGGCAGGUCUGCACAGAAUAUGCUUACUGGCAGACUGCAGCUCCAUUGUGGGAGUCAAGUAUUGUUUCGCGUCAUUUGUCAACAAGCUGGUAUCAGCACCAGUGUCCUUUGAUGUUUGGUGAACAUCAAGUACCUCCAACCCCUAUCUGGCGUCAAAUUAAUGAGGAGUACGAAGGCUGGAAUAUCCGCUUAUCACGCACUUUCUGGAUCGAUGGUGAAUGGGAUCCCUGGCGCACAUUGAGUGUCCAGAGUGAUGAUGCUCCCAACAGAUCAACAUGGCAGGACGAUGCAUACUUCUCAGUCCUUCCUCAGGCUGUCCACCACUGGGAUUUCCAUGUAUCGGAGACAGUCGAUCAGUCGAUCAAAGAUACCCAAGAUGCUCUUUAUGAUGUAUUGAACCAAUGGUUGGAAGAAGACAAAGAGAAGGAAUCUUUUAGAAUGAUACGUCAAGACUAAGGAUAGAGCUUCCUUAUUAUCCAAGCAUCUAUUACUACUACUACUAAUACUAUUACGAAGAGAGAAAGAGAGAUAGAAAAACUUCUAUUCAUUUUUGUUUUCGUUUUCCAUAGUGCUUACUUAUCCAAAUGUAUGAAUAAAUAUAUUACAUCAGAUUUCCCCACCAAAACCAAACAUUUUAAUAUAUCAUCAUUACUCUUU